AUGAAGGAUGCGGCUGUGUUGUGUAAGGAGUUGGGCUGUGGAGCAGCGUUGUCGGCACCAGUGGCUCAGUUUGGGGAAGGCUCAGGUCCCGUUGUGAUGUAUGAUGUUUGGUGCAGUGGGAGGGAGUCUGCUCUGAGGGAAUGUCCAGGGACCCGGGGUCACUUAUUCUGGUCACACUCCCAUGAUGCCGGUGUCAUCUGCUCAGAUCCGCUCCAGAAACCCAACAUUUCUCUGAAGCCAAAUUCCCGGGAGUUUGUGAGAGGGAAAAGGGCUGAGAUCUCAUGUUCUGGCAAUUAUGUGAGCAGCAGUUUCUCUUUAUACAGAGACGGCGAGUUUAUCAUAUCACAAACAGCUCCAGAGAAUAACAAGACAGCAAUAUUCACCAUAUCCGAGAUCAGUGCAGGAAACUACACCUGUACCUAUACUACUGUUAUAGACGGCCGAGAGUUCACAUCACCGGAGAGCGAGCGAUUGGGAAUCUCUGUGUCGGGAACCUGGACCGGGAUGCACACUGCAGUACUGGCUGCGGGAAUUGUCACUGCGUUAGCGAUCAUUGUGUUUAUAAUGGGAUUCUGUCUGCACAAGAGACAUACGACGGUGAGAAUUCCUCCACGAGCGGUGCCUCCAGAUGACACUGACAUCCACUACGCCAGCCUGGCAUUAGGGAGCAGGAGUGAGAAUCGCCGCCAAGUCGGUGAGGACAAGGAUCCAGUCUACGCCACAGUCAGAGUGUAG